AGCUGAGGUCAUUGACCCCACAGUGGCAAGAUGGCUGCUGUUCAGCUGACGGGAGUUCAUGUCCUUUUGGUCAUCACGUUCGGUAUCAUGGCAUUCUUCCUACUGUUCCUGUUUGCUAAGAGACAGAUCAUGAGGUUUGCCCUGAGGUCCCACCGAGGACCACAUGUGCUGGUGGGCUCGGCUUCUCCAGGGUCCAUGAAAGAGGAGAUUGAAAGAAGGCUAGACAGGAUAGCAGGCAUCAAGUAUGAACCACGACUCCUGUGUGCUGUGGAGCCAGGCAUGCUAGCAGAGCCUACAGACGGGACAGUGGAGGGUAACUACAACUACAUCUACAGGAUGAAAGCAGUGGAUGCAGCUGCAUUACUUGAUGCACAGUUACAGGAGCUAGACCCUGAGUUGCGGCGGCCGGCGGGAAAGAGUUUCCGACAGCACCUGACUGAGCUGCGGGAGGGUCCGGGAGCGCCGCUCAAGUCUGCUAAACUCUCCCUCUGUAACUCCUUUGCAGAUUCUUACGAACAUGCCAGGCACGGUCAGAAGCCCUUUGGUGAAGCAGAGUACAGGAAGUAUGUGGCAACCCUGAACGACCUACUGACUUGCAUCAAGAACAAAAUCUACAGGAAGAAGAGCCAUGUGACAUUCCAGAACGUGGCCCAGGUGUACAGUAACAGCACCAGCAGCCACCAGAUGUCUGCAGACAGCCUGCUGCUGCUGGAGGAGGAGGCUGUGGCGGGGAGGGCGGCGGAGGAGGAGAUAGAGCUGGACGUGCUGGACGCAGACUCCAGCGGAGCAUCGUACGAAACCUCCGUGUAGAACAGAGGUUCUAGCCUCUACUGGGCUUUGGAAGCAGCUGGAAAGAGUAGAAAUUGGUCAAAUUGACAGAUACAUGUAACAUGACAGGGAAUUUGGUCUGCUAAUGGAGUACAUUUAAUCAGCACCCAAAUGUACUCCUUCAGCAGAUCAACCCCCUGGAAUGUCAUCUGUCUUUUCGCCCAGUUCUAUUCUUUCCAGCAGUUUCAGAAGAUUGAUAGAGGCUACAGAGGUUCUUGAUAGUCAAGCAGCCAGAAAGUACUUAUUGUUGAAAAGGUCCUUUUGCAGUGUCAAAACAAAAUCUACAAGACAUUGAGAUGGAUGAAUGGGCUGGAUGCAGACUUCAGCACUGCAGAGGUUUGGGAAUGCCUGGUAAUCAAGCAACAACACAAUCUACAGGACAUGGAGAUAGAUAAACUGGAUUUUGUUCCCCAGUCCCAUUUUUUUCUUUCCAGAAGGCCAUCUGUCCAGGAAGACCACUUUACUUUGGUCUCCAGGCUGGCCUUCUUGGGUGGGUUUGACGAUACUGCCAACUACCUGGCUACCAGGAACGGGGAUUGCAAGUAACUGUUGAAAAUACUCUGUGAAGCCUUUCAACCAGGUAUGGGAAGGGAAAUACAUGUAGUUGAAUUUGGUUACACAUUUUUAUCAGUAUCGCUAAAAGCAAAAUCUACAGCAGAUAGAAAAGGCCACUAAACCUCUGUAUGAAUGAGAAAUGCCACUUCUGCCUGGUAUCCAGGACAUAAAUGGGAAAUACAUGUAUCAAAAAGUCACAUGUCUACCAAUGCUAUUACCAAAACCAGUUUAAAAAGUACUGUUUGUAUGUGGUAGAAGUUAGAAACUAGGCAGCUAGAACUUGUUGAUUGUGAGCUUACAAUGUACAGGUUCUUUCCAGUGUGAAAGUUUGAGGCAUGUUUUAAUGAAUGUAAAACAAAUUGAAAUUUUCAGUGUUAGUACAUGUACUGUAGAUUGCUCACAGCCCAAUAACCAUUGAGAUGCAAAAUUGUAAGUAGUUUCAUGUACCUGUACUUACUAGUCAUGCACCUUACGUACAUGUCAAUGAGAUUUUGCUUAUGAUCAAGUCAUUGAGUGAUUUCUACUAGACAACAUGCAAAUAAUCAAAUGUCAGAAAAGGGCUGAGUGAAAUUAAGGUAACAAAUCUGUUGUAUGCAGUACUCUUCAUGAAGCCAAAAUGUCAUUUUGCACCUAGUGCAGUGCAGUUGGUUUACUGAUAUUUGUGAUGUCACCUACACAAUGUAUGUCUACUUAUCAUGUUUUAUGUAUCAUGGAGUAAACAAAAUUAGAGAUAGCAAUGAUAUCAUUCCAAAUAUAUCUCACCCUUGUGAUGUAUUUACACAUGUGGGCUGAGCAAUAGUUCAAGCUUCUCAGAAACCAUAUUAUUAAUAAACUUUUGGUUUCUUGAAUACAUGUACUUUGCCUUUUGCCAAAAUGAAAGUAAGUGGACUAAGUGUAAGUACCUGUAACUACAUUACACUACAGUUCACCUGUCCUGAUACCA